GCACACCCUAGCCCUAGAGUGGGUCCGCCCCUGCCUACAAUCCGAAAGAAAUUGAAAAGGAGAAGAAGAUCGGUGGCAGGGAACGCGAGCGAGACGCCCGACGAUGAUACCAUGCUCGGUCGAUGGCGACAUGUGACAACCAAAGCGACAAGCGAUGGAGACGGCCAACACAUCAGAGGAAGCGGCAAAGCUGCUCUGUUCGCAGAGGAGAUUGCUGCUCUGUGCGCGAAGAGAUGGCUGCUCUGCGUGGAGGAAAGAUUGCUGCUCUAGCAUGAAAGAUGCUUUGUGUAGAUGUUCUGGCGUGAGAAGCUGGCGUCGAUGCCUUACGUCAAUUAAAGAACCGCUGGUGUCAAAACCACCGGAAACCGCCAAGGAAAGGAGGUUGCCUGUAUUGCAGCAGCCUGAAAGCCGCCCGGCUUUUGUGAAAGCCGCUCGGCUUUUGCCCAGCAGUCCAGUUUUUGUGUUCAAUCGGCCUGGAACGGGGAUUGAUCGAAGGACUUCGCAAAGGCAACUAGUUAAGCACUCUAUAAGUUUCAGGUAGAAGUUCAAGUUUGCUACCAACGCCCGUUGCUUCGGGGAUAUCUAGGAGAGGAGAUGUGGUCCGUGCUUCCUCCGUUCAUGUUUUGAAAACAAUUAUAUAAAUGCUCAUGGAUAUUAUUUUUUCUGAAUAAUUAUUUGGGGGGCUUGUAUGCCUAAGUUUGCCAAGUGUGGCUUGAACACUUGUAAUAUUGUUUCCGCUAAUUUUAUGAAUAUUUUACAUUAUGUUUGUGUAUGGAUGUACUACGUGUGAAUGAUAUUCCAGACGCCUUGUAUAGUAUGAAUGUGUUAGACUGUGG